GGUCAAAAAAAGAAACCGAGGACCGUCAAAACAUAAACACAACAGCAGCAGAAGCAGCAGCCAGCCUUGUGCAGACGCAGAUUGCUCGCCUCCGACUCCGUUUUCCCUUCAUUUAGCUUUAUGCAGGCUUUCCCCAUGUCCUGUAUUUUCCUCAUGAGACUUCAAACUCGAGGCACUUAGCCCGUUUUGCACGAUUGGUGUGCGGCCAGUGAAAUCUGCGAGAAAGAUUAAAGUCAGAAGUGCGCUUUGUCGGGCCUUCUCUUCGCAGAGGUUGCCCUCUGCAGCAUAAUCACGUAGAGGAUGGCUGAGGCUGACGGCAAAUCCACAGCGCUUAACGGUGGGACAGAAGAUAAAGAUCCAGACGAGGAUCAACACAAAGAUGGAGGUGCCUCAGGAAGCAAAGAGGGACAAACACAGGCUUCUAUUACAGAUGAGCCAACAGAAACGGGAGAAGCCUCGGAGGACAAACCGAUGGCCGAUGCGGAGGGAGAGGAUGGCAACAACAACCACGGAGAGGCAGAUGAAGAGGACACUGACAGUAUGGACGGCAGCGGACUAUACUCCCUAACAGAGGACGGAGAGAGGGAGAGCGAAGGGGCCAGGCGGGAACGAACUCGAGCUAAAGACACUGCGAAAAGAGCUGCCCGAAAGAGGAACCGGCCAGGAGGGGGCGCCAACCACUCCUCGAGCUCUGAUGAGGAUGAUGAGGAUGAGGAUGAGGAUGAGGAUGAAGAACAAAAAGAUGACGACGAUGAUGACGAUGACGAAGAGAUGGAGGCGUGGCUGGGGGCGGAGCUUCGCGACAUGUGCGGUCCUGUGUGGAGAGCCGUGCCAUCCAUCCGUUCCAGGGAGAUCGGGCGAGAUGCGGGCCAGUUUGUGAGGCGCGUGUGUGGGGCGCGGGGGCUGGUGCAGAGGCUAGAGCUGCAGGGCAGACUGGAGAGGCACGCCGGAUGUGUCAACACACUGCACUUUAACCCCUCGGGCACACGGCUGGCAUCGGGCAGCGACGAUCUCAGGGUGAUCAUCUGGGACUGGGCGGUCAAACGCGCAGAGCUGGAGUUCGACAGUGGACACAAGAGCAAUGUCUUUCAGGCAAAGUUCCUGCCCCACAGCGGAGACUCAACUUUGGCCAUGUGCGCUCGGGACGGCCAGAUCCGAGUGGCCGAGCUCUCGGCGACACAGCGCUGCAAAAAUACCAAACGAGUAGCACAGCACAAGGGGGCUGCACACAAGUUGGCCCUAGAGCCAGACUCCCCCUGCUCUUUCCUGUCUGCCGGAGAGGACGCAGUUGUGUUUGGUAUUGACCUGCGUCUAGACCGGCCCGCCAAUAAACUAGUGGUUGUAAAGGAGGGAGAUAAAAAAGUAGGACUGUACACUAUCUUUGUAAACCCAGCAACAACACAUCACUUCGCUGUUGGUGGUAGAGACCAAUACGUCAGGAUCUAUGACCAGAGGAAGAUAAAUGAAAAUGACAAUAACGGUGUUCUCAAAAAGUUUUGCCCUUCACAUCUGGUAUCCAGCGAGUCCAAAACCAACAUAACAUGCCUGGUGUACAGUCAUGAUGGCACAGAGCUCCUGGCCAGUUACAAUGAUGAGGACAUUUAUUUAUUUGACUCAGACCACAGUGAUGGGGCCGACUACCUCAGACGAUAUAAGGGACAUCGCAAUAAUGCAACAGUGAAGGGGGUGAACUUCUAUGGCCCCUGCAGUGAGUUUGUGGUCAGUGGCAGUGACUGUGGACACAUUUACCUUUGGGACAAAUACUCAGCACGCAUCGUUCAGUUUAUGGAGGGGGACAGAGGAGGAGUGGUGAACUGCUUGGAGCCGCACCCACACCUUCCCGGGAUGGCCACUAGCGGCUUAGACCACGACAUCAAACUGUGGGCCCCCACAGCAGAAACCCCCACCACACUCAAAGGACUCAAAGAGUUGAUGAAGAAAAACAAACGUGAGCGGGACGAGGACAGUGUUCGUCAUGGCGACCAGUACGACACUCAGCUGCUGUGGUUCCUGAUGAGACACAUGAGGAACAGGCGGCCGCAGAGGGCCCGUCGUGAAGGAGCAGAUCCAGACACAGAUGAAUCUUGGAGCUCUCCGGACUCAUCAGACGAAGAGGAGGGUGGACCAGACCAUGUGCAGUGCAUGUCCUCUUGAGCCACAUUCAAACACUCAAACUGCAAAAUAAUAACUACACAAGUUUAAAAGGCUGGAUUUCAGAAUAUUCAUCUUGAUUUGAAGUUUCAACAACAAAAUUAUGACAUUGUUAAUAUGUUAGUCAUACAUUUUUUUUCUAAAUAACAACUUAAAGGGCCUAUAUUAACAACAUUUUCUGAUCGAUGCUAUAAUGUUGUUUUCUCAUCAAAAACAUACUCGGAGUUGUGUUUUGUUUUAUUCACAGAUGUUUAACACACAUAUUUGCAUAUUUUGGCUGAGUUCUUUUCUCAAACAGAAAACUGUUCCACCUUGUGAUGUCAUUUGGUAAUACAGGAAGUGCUCCACUGUGUUUCUAAACUCCAUACACCUUCACUAGAAUCAGAUGGAGCUCUGGAAUUGUCAAACUCUACUAAACAAAAGGUAAAAGGUAGCUGUAAACUUGAAAACUAGCUCCAGGACAUCACGAGUUGGAACAGAGCAUUUUGAGAUUUGGGCAUGCAGACAGCCUAAUAAUCCAGGAUUACUCAAACAUGUGUGAAUGAAACAAAACAACUCUCAGAAUAUUGUUAGUCCAUCAAAACAUAUUUGAACAUGGCUUAAAACUUACCAGAGUCAAUUUUGCACAAUAUAGGACCUUUAAAAACAUUGUUGAAACCACCCACAAGCUUUUAUCUAUUUAUCUAUCCAUUUUUGGCUACAAAUUUACAUUCUGUGUCUUUAAAUCCAGACUAAAAGAAAGAUAUUGGCUAUACUCCCGGCCUAAUUAGUAUUCUGAAUGAAAGUUAUUUUAACUUGUGUAUAAUGAAUCUUUCGCAGUGCACAUACAAACAUAGCAUUACAUUCAAAACACUUGUGCAUCAAUUCAAGGGCAUAUAGACAAAUAUUGCUACAUGCACAUACAGACAGACAGUUUUUUUACACAGAUCUAUAUUUACAUACAGGAUCAGAAGGACAUGCUUUCGUCUCCUUUUCCCCAACAGUGUGAAAAAAAAUUAUAUAUUUAUGAAAAACUUAACUUUUCCUGUUUAAAAUGGUUCCCUAAAACUAUCCGGAGGUCCUAUUGUCAUUCAUACAAGAUCAAGUAUUCCAGAUUGAACUUCUGUAUCGUCAAGGGUACCUCCGUAACAUUAAAUGCCAUUUAGUAAGCUAAAAACACCAGCAUACUAGAUAUGAAAUGAUGGAAAAUGGAGAUCAAAAAGCUACACAUGUAACUUUUCUGGUGGUGGGUCUGCAACCAAGUCUUGAAAAGUUAUAGCUAUGCCUUACAUAUUCCACAGUAUGGCAGUUAUUAUCAGUCUCCAUGUACUCUAGCAGGUGAUGACACUAGGCCGGGGUACAGGUCUGUUGAGAGGCAACCCCGAUCACGGUAAAAGUAUUUUUCACUAUAUUUCUGAUCAGUGACAGAGUCUGCAAUUUAAUAAAUACUGUUGGCAUACCCUCCACCACUAAAGCUACAUAGUGUCCUUUUUUAAGAGAAAAGUUUAAACUCAAAAUGUGACUUCAAGAGGGUCUAUCUCAUGUUUUUGGUCUUGUACUGGUUUCUUCGUGGUCCUGGUUUGGAGCUUGGCAUUUCUGAAAAUCUAUGGACUACUUAAUCACGAAAUGCUGCGUCUGCCCUCGCCUGCUCCCCAGUGCACUUGAAUCAGGGAUGCUCUAGUUUUCAGACAGACUUAAAAGUGCACUAUUUGUUUUUUGCUUGUUAAACUUCAGUGAUUUUUUUUUUCCAAACAGAGGGAAAUUUGGUGGUUUUUCAGAACUGAACUCCUGCUGUUUUUUGGAAAAUGGAUUCUUGCUUCCACCAGCCUCCCCCUCCUCCCUCCUCUCUCCUUCCUCUCACAUCUGAUGGGUUUAAGCCAGUUCACCGUGUGGAGUGAACCUGAAAAUGUAAAGGUAGACAGGAGCGCUUGUUGCUAAUGAGAAAUCGCAGCUGUGUUGAAAUGAGGAGGUUCUGAGCCCGACUCGACCUGGAUCAAAAGAAAGCACUGCCCAUGACUCAAAGAUUGGAGUGACUUAAUAAUGCACUUAUUUUCUGAAGGUUGAAAGUGCAAUUGUCACUUCAGAAAAAUCAGGUCAGCUCCAGAGUAUGGGCUCAGCAUAGGAGGCUGGUCCAUGUGCUUGCCAGUCAAUUGUUGUGUGAGAGCGAUUAAGUCCAGCUUUUCUCAUUUUCUAUGAGAACUCUAGUUAGAAUUUAUAUGUACAUAAAUAAAUGUAUAUUAAACUGUAAAAAAAUGACUUAGCAAAUGCUAUUUGACUUGAAUUGUCAACAUUUGAUUGGUAAUGAUGCAGAGGUUUAUAUUAUAUAUGAGGACAAAGUACUUUUAAAACAGAAAAGUCAUCAUUUCUGUCAAUUUGUUUUUGGUGACAUUUGUUAAGAACAGAGCUAUCAAAGUAUUACACAUUUGAGUCUCUUCCUUGUUAAAGAUAAGACAAAGUCAUAUUUCCUUUUCAAAUCUAAGCCAUAAUUUGUGACAAUUGUAUCCAGAUCAACUGCAGCAUUUUUGGCAUCUUGUACACAUCACCAUCGUCUAAUACUCCAUCUAUCAGUUUGGUUGCAAAUAUGUACGAUUUGUGCAAUAAACUAAAAGAUUGUGUUCA